GUACAGCAGAUUUGUUCAUCACAUUUACAUGCAAUCCGCAAUGGAUAGAAAUCAAGCAGGAGUUAUUCCCUGGGCAAUCACCCAUUGAUCGUCAUGAUAUUACAGCCAGAGUCUUUAGACAAAAAUUGAAAUCUUUAAUGGAUUUCAUCGUAAAACAUAAUGUGUUUGGUGAGACACGCUGCUGGAUGUAUUCUGUGGAGUGGCAGAAACGAGGAUUGCCACAUGCACACAUUUUGAUUUGGUUGGUUGAAAAGAUAAGGCCAAAUGAAGUUGAUGCAGUGAUAUCAGCUGAAAUCCCUAAUGUACAAGUAGAUCCUGGAUUGCAUGAGGUAGUUAUCAAAAACAUGAUACAUGGUCCCUGUGGAACUCUUAAUCAAAAUUCACCGUGUAUGAUGGAUGGUAAAUGUUCAAAACGAUAUCCACGGACAUUAAUAUCGGAAACAAUUACUGGUAAUGACGGUUAUCCAUUGUAUCGUCGCAGAUCGACAGCAGACAAUGGAAAAUCAACAAUUGUCAAAUUAAAUCAACAAGAUAUUGAAAUAGAUAAUCGUUGGAUUGUUCCAUAUUCGCCCAUUUUAUCAAAGACAUUCAAAGCACACAUCAACGUUGAAUCUUGCCAUUCAGUGAAAUCUAUUAAAUACAUUUACAAAUAUGUAACCAAAGGGAGUGAUAUGGCUGUGAUUGGAAUUGGUGCAGAGAAUUCCAAUGAUGAAGUUACCCAAUACCAAAUGGGCCGCUAUGUCAGUAGUAAUGAAGCAGUUUGGCGAAUAUUUUAUUUUCCUAUUCAUGAGAGACACCCUUCUGUUGUUCACUUAGCUGUGCAUUUAGAAAAUGGACAAAGAGUGUAUUUUACAGCACAGAACGCAGUACAAAGAGCUGCUCAGCCACCAUCUACUACAUUAACCAGUUUUUUUGAGACAUGCCAAAACGAUGAUUUCGCACAAACAUUGCUAUAUUCUGAAAUGCCAAAAUAUUAUACCUGGAAUCAAUCCUCAAGGAGAUUUAUACGACGGAAACAAGGAAAACCAGUUCCAGGAUAUACAGAUGUAUAUUCCACCGAUGCGAUUGGCCGGAUUUAUUCAGUACAUCCAAGCAAUGAUGAAUGUUUUUAUUUACGACUGCUAUUAGUCAAUGUACGUGGCCCAACAUCAUUCCAACAGUUACGAACUGUUGAUGGUGAAUUGUGUGGAUCCUACAGAGAAGCCUGUCAACGUUUGCAAUUGCUUGAAAAUGACGCUCAUUGGGAUCAAACUCUCAAUGAUGCUGUAAUAUCAUCACACGCUCAUCAAAUACGAACAUUGUUUUCUAUAAUCAUAUCUACAUGCUUCCCAUCAAACCCAAUUGAUUUGUGGAUCAAGUACAAAGAUUAUAUGUGUGAUGAUAUUUUGUAUCAAAUACGGAAUAGAAUGGGAAAUCCAAAUAUACAAAUCAGUGAAGAAAUUUACAAUGAAGCAUUGAUUUCAAUUGAGGACAUGUGCUUGAUAAUGUCAAACAAACUAUUAAUUCAAUUAGGCCUGACCGCGCCCAAUCGUCCAAUGCAUGACGCUUUUAACCAAGAGUUGCAUCGAGAAAAACUGUAUGAUUUCAACGCUUUGAAAGAAUUAAUUCAAACAAAUCUUCCACUGUUAAAUGAACAACAGAAGUAUGUAUUUGAAACUCUUAUGAAAGUAACAAAUGAUGAAACUGGAGGGAUUUACUUCUUAGAUGCACCUGGUGGUACAGGAAAAACGUUUUUGAUUUCAUUAAUAUUAGCAACAAUUCGCUCACAAAAUAAAAUUGCACUUGCACUCGCUUCGUCGGGAAUCGCAGCAACUUUGCUUGAAGGUGGUCGAACAGCCCAUUCAGCACUAAAAUUGCCAUUAAAUAUGCAAAGCAAUGAAACUCCAACCUGCAACGUUUCGAAGAACUCUGCAAUGGCAAAGGUUUUGCAGCAAUGUAAAUUGAUUGUUUGGGAUGAAUGCACGAUGGCACAUAAAAAAUCUUUGGAGGCUUCAGACAGAACCUUAAAAGAUCUACGGAGCAAUAAUAACCGAUUUGGUGGUGCAAUGAUUUUAUUAGCAGGAGAUUUUCGUCAAACAUUGCCAGUGAUUCCACGAUCAACGCCAGCUGAUGAACUCAAUGCAUGUCUAAAGUCCUCCAAUUUGUGGAAACAUGUCAAAGUACCUCAUUUAAGCAAGAAUAUGCGUGUCAAGUUGCAAAAUGACCAAUCUGGAAACAUAUUCUCUAAACAACUCAUUGACAUUGGUAAUGGCAAAUUUCCUAUAGACAUGUUGACUGGCUGCAUUAACUUUCCUCAAAGUUUUUGUCAGUUAACUCGAUCAAAAGAUGAACUUAUUCAGAAGGUGUUUCCAGAUGUUUCUCAAAAUUACAGAAACCAUGAUUGGUUGAGCGAACGAGCUAUACUGGCUGCAAAAAACAUAGAUGUAAAUGAAUUAAAUUCCAAAAUUCAAGAACAAAUUACAGGCGAAUUGAGGAUAUAUAAAUCAGUUGAUUCGGCUACUAAUCAAGAUGAUGUAGUCAACUAUCCACCGGAAUUUUUAAACUCGCUGGAUUUGCCAGGAUUGCCACCUCACAAUCUUCAAUUAAAGGUUGGAUCGGUGGUUAUAAUGUUGCGAAAUAUCAACCAACCGCGUCUUUGCAACGGUACACGGUUAGCGAUAAAAAAUUUACUAAACAAUGUGAUAGAAGCAACUAUACUCAAAGGAAAGUAUAAAGGAGAGGAUGUUCUCAUACCGCGCAUCCCAAUGAUUCCGACUGAUGUGCCAUUUGAGUUUAAACGACUACAGUUUCCAGUGCGGCUUGCUUUUGCUAUGACUAUAAAUAUAAACAAGUCCCAGGGGCAAUCAUUAAGUGUUUGUGGUAUUAAUCUAGAAAACCCAUGUUUCUCACAUGGUCAAUUGUAUGUUGCCUGUUCCCGUGUUGGAAAACCAUCAGAUUUGUUUAUCUAUGCGCCAGGUAAUCAAACAAAAAACAUCGUAUACCACAAAGCACUACAAUGA